GCUUCCUGCAGUCAUGAAUACAUCCAAGGCGGAAAUGUUUAUUGCACUUCUUCUAAGAGCAAUGAAGAGAGAUGUCAAUUUAAAGCGCGUGGCAGCAUUUUCUAAACGUUUAUUACAGGAACAUGGCGUUGCAGAAUGAGUCUAUGGAUGAGGAACUCGAACACUUUGAGGAUAUUAUAGAAGAAACUGAUAAUGAACCUAGUACUGUAUCAAACAAACAAAUUGAUGAUAUUGGACUUGUUCAGAAUGAUGAAGAUGCCAAUUCUGACGCUGGUUCUUCAGAAAAUGAAGAUGAUCUUCCAGCAUCUUCUGAAGAUGAUGAUUCGGAUGAUGCUUCAGAGGAUGCAGGUUUUGUGCUAGCAAAGAGUGAUUUAAAUGAUAAGAAAUCAAAGUCUGUAUCUGAUAAUGAAGAUCAGCAAUCACAGCUAUCUGCCAAGAAAUCACUCCUGCCUGGAGGCUAUGAUCCGCAACACAGAGAGCCUUCUUAUUGCAAUGCAGGCCGCGUAAGUUGGUGGGAGUUAAUGGUACUUGCUUCUCAUGCACACCCUUCAGUUGCUACUAUGGCAGGGACUCUUCUUUCUGGAGCCAACAUUGUCUAUAAUGGAAACCCGUUAAAUGACCUGUCUUUAACAGCUUUCCUUGACAAAUUCAUGGAGAAGAAACCAAAACAAAGCACGUGGCAUGGUGGUUCUCAGAUUGAACCUGCCAAGCAGAUGGACGUCAACAAUCAUUUGAUUGGGUCAGAAAUUCUUUCAUUAGCUGAAGUAGAUGUACCACCAGAGGAUCUUGUCUUCCACAAAUUCUAUACAAACAAAAUGAGUUCCUCUUCAAAACUGAAGAAAAAGAAAAAGAAGAAAUCAGCUGAUGAGGAAGCUGCUGAGGAGUUGUUUGAGGUUGAUGGCAGCGAUAUUGAUGGUGGGGAUGAGAGUGAUAAUGAAGAGAUUGAGAAUCUGCUGGAUACUGCUGAUCAAUCUUUGGAACCUCAAAGUGGCUAUGAUUAUGAUGAUUUGGAUAAAGUAGCCAAUGAGGAUGAUGAGGACUUGAUUGGUGAUGUUAGUGAUGCAGAGAUGGAGAUAGCCUCAGAUAUUGGAGAGGAAGACGUUGAUGCUUCAAUUGAUGAUGAUGGCAGUGAUGACAACAAUGAUAUUGACAUUGGAGAUAUUGAUGAUGCCUCUGAUGUUGAUGAAGAUAAAGUUGACAGAAGAAAACGAAAGCGCAAGAGUGGUGGCAAGAGUGCAGUGUCUCCAUUUGCAAGUUAUGAAGAGUUUGAGCAUCUAAUGGAAGAUAACCAUACCGAGAAAAAACCUUCCCAUAAAAAACCCAAGUCUAAGAAAAGGAAAAAGUAAUCUGGUCAAGCUCAGCUCAUUUUCCUUGGUAAUUGAUCUUUCUUAAUAGAGAACUAUGGCCAGAUUGAAUGUUAGCUUCGAGAUUGAAGUGGAUAUUUGUGUUCAUCCAUUUUAUAUAUACCUAGUGCUCCUUUCUUUAAUUUGGACCCAUCAUUUGGGUAUGUUUAAU